AUGGACAUCUUUCCACCCCAUACAUCGGCAGACGAGGCCGUACGCAAGUCUGCGAAGAGGACCGCAGAACUGUUCGGCACCGACUAUCUCAUGGUAGCCCCGUCGACAUUGAUCGACGGAUCGAUUGGUAUCUCCUACAGACGGAAAGCAGAAUACCAAGAUGUGCAACAGCUUCCGCCAGCGCUAGCUGAGAAGCAGGCAAAGGCAGCAGCUGGGCGCUCAAAGCGCCUAAAAACGCAAACGCAAGCAAGCGCCCCCGUUGAUCAGAGUGGUUCCUCUUCAGCUCUUGUAAAGAGAGCUCCUCUGGUCCCGGGGGAAGAUCGUCCCAAGAGCCUCAUACAACGACCAUCAGCAACGCGACAACAGAGACCGGACUGGCAUCCUCCGUGGAAGUUAAUGAGAGUGAUAUCUGGACAUCUGGGAUGGGUACGCAGUUUGGCCGUCGAACCGAACAAUGAAUGGUUUGCCAGCGGUGCUGGUGACAGAACUAUCAAGAUCUGGAAUCUCGCGACAGGAGCUCUGCGUUUGACUCUCACCGGUCACAUCUCUACCGUCAGAGGACUUGCUGUCUCACCUCGCCACCCCUACCUCUUCUCCUGCGGUGAGGACAAGAUGGUCAAGUGCUGGGAUUUGGAAACAAACAAGGUCAUCCGUCACUAUCAUGGCCAUCUCAGUGGUGUUUACACUCUUGCUCUGCACCCCCGACUCGACCUUCUGGUGACGGGUGGUCGUGAUGGCGUAGUGAGAGUGUGGGAUAUGCGAACUCGAAGCAACAUCCACGUCCUCACCGGCCACAAGGGCACGGUUGCCGAUGUUAAAUGCCAGGAAGCUGAUCCGCAGAUUAUUAGCGGUUCCUUGGACUCAACGGUUCGCCUCUGGGACCUAGCAGCCGGAAAGACAAUGGGCGUAUUAACCCACCAUAAAAAGGGAGUCCGAAACAUCGCCAUUCAUCCCCGCGAGUUUACCUUCGCAAGCGCCAGCACUGGAAGCAUCAAACAAUGGAAAUGUCCCGAGGGAGCCUUCAUGCAGAAUUUUGAAGGCCACAAUGCCGUCAUUAACUCCCUUGCUGUCAAUGAGGACAACGUUCUCUUCUCCGGCGGCGACAACGGCUCCAUGUGCUUCUGGGAUUGGAAAACCGGCUACCGCUUCCAGAAUAUGGAGACUACCGCUCAGCCUGGUUCAUUGGACGCCGAGGCCGGUAUCAUGGCUGCGACUUUCGAUCAGACAGGUCUUCGCUUGCUCACGGGAGAAGCAGACAAGACCAUUAAGGUUUGGAAACCGGAUGAACAGGCUACUCCCGAGACGCAUCCGGUCACUUGGGCUCCGACUCUUGGUAGGCAGAGAUAUUGA